UUGUCGGCCGGUAAAGCAAGAUGGCGGUCCCUACAAAACAGUACGGGCUGAUCUUGCCACAGAAGAAGGGAGCAUCAAAGUCUGCAGUCUUACAGAAACCCUCCGUGUUUGGGGAUGACUCAGAUGAUGAGGACAGCAGUGUGUACGACUAUGAUGCUGUAUACGACGACAUUCAAAAACAGAGGAUCGAGGGCAACAAAAAAAUUCUGAGUGGCACCGACAAAAGGCCAAAAUACAUCCACCAGUUAAUGAAAGCUGUGGAGGACCGAAAGAAAGAGCAAGAACGAAGGGAGGAAAGGAAGAUCCAAAAGGAAAGAGAGGCAGAGGGAGAGAAGUUUGCUGAUAAAGAGGCCUACGUUACCACGGCGUACAAGAAAAAACUACAAGAGCAGAAGGAGGAGGAGGAGAGAGAAAAACGGCAGGCAGAGAUAGAAGCUGCUUUGGAUGUGAAGAAACAGAAAGAUCUGAGUGGCUUCUACCGGCACUUGCUGAAUCAGACUGUAGGAGAGGAGGCGAUACCAGAUCGCUCUGCAAACAUAAGUCAAACGUCAGAUGCUUCAAAAGAGACUAUUUCAACUGUUCCCUCACCUACGUCUCAUGAGAAUAUCCGAAGUUCAGGCAGCGACAAUGAGGAAGGCCGUGAACAGAAGUCUGGAUUCAGCAAGCCUUCCGCGCAUUCAAAACGCCAAUACAGACAGAGGUCCCCUUCAUCAGGGAGUGGAGAGGAAAAGGAGAAGGAAAGAGAAAGAAGCAGAGACAGACAUAAAAAGAGCCACAGAGACCAUGAGAGAGCGAGAGACAAAGAUAGAGAAAGAGACAGAGACAAACACAGAGGGAGAGAACGGGAUGAUCGACACGGUGAAAGAAGAAGUGACAGGGACAGAAGGAAAGAUAGAGACAGAGACCGAGGCAGAGACGAUGACAGAGGCAGAGGAAGGGGGGGGACAGAAAGGGAGGAGAGGCACGGGAAGAGGGAGAGGAGCCCCAAAGACAGGGAGCGGGAUAAGAAUGGUGAAAGAGAGAAGAGGAGGAAUUCAGAUGAAGACAAAAGGAAGGACAAAUAUCCGGAAGAAGAGAUGGAGCAAAGGAAAGAACGUGAGAGGGGAAAAGCAGAGAAGAGAGAGGAAAAAGAUUCCCAAAGGGUGGAACCAGUUGGGGAAUGUCCGAACGAAAAAGAGGAUGAUGAUAAAUCCAAGGGAGAAGAGAGUGAGGAAGGGGAGCAAAAAGCCAAUAAGUUUGUAAAGCGCAGCACCGAUCAAACUGUGAGUUCAGCCAGAGAUAGAUACAUGGCCAGACAGAUGGCCCGCUCCGCCUGUAAGAGUUACAUCGAGAAAGAGGAGGACUGA